AUGGCUAUCAUCGACAACUCAGGUGGGCUUGUGGCUGAAUGCAUCAACGUCUUGCGGUACAAAAGCUCGAUGGGCUUGGGCCGUGUAGGUGAUGAAGUCGUGGUAGUAGUGCAAAAAGCGAAGCCCAUUCCUGCGAACCAAGUCUCAAGCGGUAGUUCCAAUGCACUCAAGGUCCGUCGCGGUGAUGUGCGACAUGCCGUUAUUGUACGCACAAAAAAAGAAGCGCAGAGGCCUGAUGGACGUGUCGUGAAGUUUGAUGACAACGCAUGCGUUCUGCUGAACAACCGAAAGGAGCCGCUCGGAUCGCGUGUUAACGGUGUUGUGUCGAGCGAGCUGCGUGACCGUGGCUGGGGCAAGAUUCUCAGUCUUGCAUCAAAAGUCGUGUAG